AUGUCAUUCCCCGAAUUACCAAAACCCUGCACAACUCAGCACAUGCAGCCGAGCGAGGUCGGAAAGCGAUUCUUUUGCCCGCUAGAACAUUGCGGACGCGGCUUCAACCGCAAGUACACACUGACAGAGCACAUGAAGACCCAUACAGGAGACAAACCUCACGUCUGUCGGGCCGCGGGCUGCGGCCGGCGAUUCGCCACUUCUAGCAACCUCGCGCGGCAUAUGCGGCUUCACGGACCCCUGCCUCUCAUACGGUGUCCUCGAGACGGUUGCUCGCGCAGUUUCUUAAGCGACGUCCAGCUUGCGAAGCACCUGAAGCAGCACGAUGCUCCUCGGACGCACCCCUGCAAAGUUGCGGGGUGCACAAAGGUAUUCAGCACCACAGGAAAUUUGAAUCGACAUCUCAAGAAGCACUGUACAGGCAGCAAGCGCGAGGAGCUGGUGCAGUCGGCGCUGGCAAGCUGGCAGGUUCCUAAUGGAAAAAGCGGCCACGGGACAGAUGUAAACGCAGACGUUGUUAUGAUGGAGGUGACCCCUGCCCCAAUCGACAGGCCAUGUGACGAGCCCUGGAGUCCCGAGACACUCGAGAUCCUCGGACACAUGCUGCUUAGUUGAAGUGAUGAAGCGGUUUGUAAGUGUGGUAAAUACGGUCUUGAUGUGGUCAAUACGCGAAUCAAAUUGCGAAGUUAACGAUAACGCAGUCAUGCUGCAGUCAGCUCAAGCAGAACUACAAAAGUAUGUAUAAAAGUACAGUAAACGU